GCGAACGAGCGCUCACUAGAAGUGAUCAUGGGUGAGAUUACGAGAUGCGGCUCGGAUAGCAUCGGGCUGCUGCCGGAUCUGAACUGAGCCGGGCUGGGCCAUACUGCACCUCUGCUAACCUCCGCAAUGCAUCCUUACUGCACGCCCUCCAAGCAUAUAAACCCCGCACUGCUGUAGUUGCCCGGCCUCAGCGUUCUCUCCUUUAGCUGCACUCUUUUUGUUCGAAAUUUGAAAUGGCACACCUUUUACCCCGGGCGCCAAUGAGCCAGCUGCGGCACCUGGUUGCUACGUCUGCGAGCAGGCGCGCAUUUGCGUCUGGCCAUGCACUGCCCAGGGCUGGCCAGGCAGCGAUAUACACGGAAACAGGCGACCCUACUAGCGUUCUUCGCGUUGUUGAGCAGCAGCUUCCUGCUACGCUGCAGGAUGGCCAGGUGCUUAUCAGGAUGCUGGCGGCGCCUGUGAACCCGUCUGAUCUGAACCAGGUCGAAGGCGUGUAUCCGGUGAAGGGCCGGUUUGGCAAAAUCCACACGCUUGAUGGGACGGCACUGGAUGCGGCAGUCGGUGGCAACGAAGGCGUCGUUCCCGAGCGGGCAGGAGAGUUUGGGACAUGGGCAACGCAUGCUGUGGUUGACCGGGCUGCAGUGGUUAAGAUCCCAGGUGACUGGCAUGCAGGGCUAGAGCCGUUGCAGGUAGCCACCAUAAAGGUCAACCCGAGCACAGCGUACCGAAUGCUGCGUGACUUUGCGUCGCUGAACCCCGGCGACUAUGUGAUCCAGAACGGUGCCAACUCGGGUGUUGGGCGGGCUGUGAUACAGCUGGCCAAGCAGCUCGAUGUUCGCACGAUCAACGUAGUCCGCGAUCGCGACAGCUUUGACGAGCUGGCCAGCGAGCUGCAGGGGCUGGGCGCCGAUAUUCGACGGCUCAAAUCGCUGGAGGCGCCAGUGCGGCUUGGGUUCAACUGCGGUGGGUCGCUGGUCAGCUACGGCGGCAUGUCGCGGCAGCCAGUGACCCUCCCGACGUCGCUGCUGCUGUUCAAGGAUAUCCGGGCAUAUGGCUUCUGGAUGAACCGCUGGUACGAGACCAACAAGGGCAGCACCAAGCGCCAAGAGAUGUUUGCGACGCAGCCUAUGCAGUGUGUCAGCUGGCCGGGUGCGGCCGGCGUGGAUGCUGCGCAGGAGGCAGUGUCAGGAGCAGUUGCGUGGGGCGCCAAGCAUGCGUUCAUUUACUAA